CGGCGGCGGCAGGUGGCGCGGGAGGUCGCGGCGCGCCAUGGGGCUCCCCGCGCUGCUGGCCAGCGCGCUCUGCACCUUCGUGCUACCGCUGCUGCUCUUCCUGGCCGCGAUCAAGCUCUGGGACCUGUACUGCGUGAGCAGCCGCGACCGCAGCUGCGCCCUCCCUUUGCCCCCUGGGACUAUGGGCUUCCCGUUCUUUGGGGAAACACUGCAGAUGGUGCUGCAGCGGAGGAAGUUCCUGCAGAUGAAGCGCAGGAAAUACGGCUUCAUCUACAAGACACAUCUGUUCGGCCGGCCCACGGUGCGUGUGAUGGGCGCGGACAACGUGCGGCGCAUCUUGCUAGGGGAGCACCGGCUGGUGUCGGUGCACUGGCCUGCGUCCGUGCGCACCAUCCUGGGCUCCGGCUGCCUCUCCAACCUGCACGACUCCUCGCACAAGCAGCGCAAGAAGGUGAUCAUGCGGGCCUUCAGUCGCGAGGCGCUCCAGUGCUACGUGCCCGUGAUCGCCGAGGAAGUGGGCAGCUGCCUGGGGCGGUGGCUCAACUGCGGCGAGCGCGGCCUUCUGGUCUACCCCGAGGUGAAGCGCCUCAUGUUCCGCAUCGCUAUGCGCAUUCUGCUGGGUUGCGAGCCCCGGUUGGCGGCCGACGGGGACGAUGAGCAGCAGCUGGUGGAGGCCUUCGAGGAGAUGACCCGCAAUCUCUUCUCGCUGCCCAUCGACGUGCCCUUCAGCGGGCUGUACCGGGGAGUGAAGGCGCGGAACCUCAUUCACGCGCGCAUCGAGGAGAACAUUCGCGCCAAGAUCUGCCGCCUGCGGGCCGCCGAGGCGGACGGCGGCUGCAAAGAUGCUCUGCAGCUGCUGAUCGAGCACUCGUGGGAGCGGGGAGAGCGGCUGGACAUGCAGGCGCUAAAGCAAUCUUCAACCGAACUCCUUUUUGGAGGCCACGAAACCACGGCCAGUGCGGCCACGUCUCUGAUCACUUACCUGGGCCUCUACCCCCACGUUCUCCAGAAAGUGCGAGAGGAGCUGAAGAGUAAGGGCUUACUCUGCAAGAGCGGUCCGGACAACAAGCUGGACGUGGACAUUUUGGCACAACUGAAAUACACUGGGUGUGUCAUUAAGGAGACCCUUCGGCUGAACCCCCCAGUUCCGGGAGGGUUCCGGGUGGCUCUGAAGACCUUUGAACUCAAUGGAUACCAGAUUCCCAAGGGCUGGAAUGUUAUCUACAGUAUCUGCGAUACUCACGACGUGGCCGAGGUCUUCACCAACAAGGAGGAGUUCAACCCCGACCGAUUCCUGCGGCCGCACCCCGAGGAUGCGUCCAGGUUCAGCUUCAUUCCUUUUGGAGGAGGCCUUAGGAGCUGUGUGGGCAAAGAGUUUGCAAAAAUCCUUCUGAAAAUAUUUACAGUGGAGCUGGCCAGGCACUGUGACUGGCAGCUCCUAAAUGGACCUCCUACGAUGAAAACCAGCCCCACCGUGUACCCUGUGGACAAUCUCCCUGCCAGCUUCACUCACUUCCAGGGAGGACCCUAGCGGGCAGGAAUCCUCAAACCCCGGGCUGAUGCCAAGUGUACAUGAGUUUUUAUACAGUGUCGGGUGGACUUUAUUAUAUUUAAUUUCUAAAUGUAUAUUGUAAUAUUUAUGUGUCUCUACCACAGUACCAUGGUCUUUAAAAUAUUAAAAUAAUGAAUUUGUAUAAUUUCCAAAUAAAGUAAAAUUUGAAGGUA